AUGAAUUGUUCUUGGAGAACUCAUAGCAGUCACACGGGUGCCAUAGACAUAUCAAUGUCCGGAAAUACACAAAAUUGCUUUCGGCUUAGGAAAAGCAGAUGCAAUGUCCCUCCAUCCUUGGGUACUACUGUUUUCUUCUAUUGCAUUCAUAGGGCUUCCAUGUCCAAAAAAAUAGCCGGCAUUCUUUCCUUUGCUUGACCCAUAAUUAUAUUUUUAUGCUAUUUUAGACAACCAAAUGUGCAGUUAAAUAGUUUCGAUCAUUUAGAAUAA